AUGCUCUACCAGCAGAUCAUCGCUACUCUGGCCCUGGCCACCGCUGCCUCCGCGCAGACCUUGAACAUCCCUGCCCGAGUCGGAGCCAUCCAGUCCAACGAUGCUCCCAUCAACAUCUCCGGUUCCAAGGACUACGGCAACCAGGAGUUCGACCGUGGCCGCCCUUGCAACACCGAUGACGAUACGGGCAGCGACAGCGCUGUGUUUAUCCUGAGCGAUGGUGCUACUCUGAGCAACGUCAUCAUUGGAAAGGACCAGCUCGAGGGUGUCCACUGCAAGGGCAAGUGCACUCUCAAGAACGUUUGGUUCCGAGAUGUCUGCGAGGAUGCCAUCUCUGCCCUCGGCAAUGGUGAUGUCCUGAUCCAGGGCGGUGGUGCCCAGGAGGCCAAGGACAAGGUUGUCCAGCACAACGGCCGCGGAACCGUCACUAUCGAGAACUUCACCGUCGUCAACGCCGGCAAGCUCUACCGCGGAUGCGGUGACUGCACCAACAACGGUGGCCCCCGCCACGUCGUCAUCAAGAACGUCAAGGCCAAGGGCGUCUCCAACCUGGUUGGCAUCAACUCCAACUACGGCGACACCUCCAACGUCUCCGGAUCUUGCGGCUCCAGCGUCAAGAAGGUCUGCCAGGAGUUCAAGGGUGUCACCAAGGGCAACGGCAAGAGCGAGGAGGUCAGCACCACUGCCAACUGCAAGGGCCAGUCCACUCUGCCCACUUGCUAA